AUGCAUUGUAACGCCGACGAUUGUCCAGUGGCGACGAGUCUCCGAUCCUGGUCUGCAUACAAAGAACGCAUAAACAAGGCACGGUAUGGUAUGGCCAAGCACAAACGGAUUCAAGGCGACUGGUCAUUGCACACAACAUAUACCCGGGCAUACUAUCCUCAAAAAUGCUCUGGUGUGCUUGAUGUUCGGCACUCCAUACCGCAACUCCGAGCAUGUAGUACAAUUGUCUCACGUACAACAUAUCUGGCUUGUCAGUCGGCGAUCAAACUAGGAGCAUGUGCAGUUGUAUCUGUACAACCACAAGCCACCUCGGCGGUUAUUGGGUACCCAUCUUUAGGUCUUGUCCGGACACAAUGCCGAACCCUAUCCCUGCUGUUUGUCCGAUUUCCAGUGGCUUACAUGCAUAUGUUGGUAGGUCAUAGAGGGGAGCUGAUGUGA